AUGGCGCGCUCCGACAUGCAGUUUGGCCAGGACCCGGCCUACCCGGCCUCCAAGAGCCGAUGGUCCAUUGACUCCGGAUCGCGCUCGCUUUCCAAGCGUAUUUCCCGGAAGGGCUCCAAAGCCUCGAGUAUGGAGGACGCGGGAAUCCUCAACGCUGGUUUCCUCUCAGCAUCGCGAGAGCCACUGCCAUUUCCGGAAUACUCCGAUCCAUCUCUAUCUUCAGAGCCGAAGGCACAUGGCUCCAUGCGCUCAAUCAAGACGACCCCAGCAAAGACUCCAAGUGGAUCGGCCGAGAAAUUCGACUCGUCCUUGUUUCUGUCGGGCACCGGUGUGAAUGACUUUGCGGACGGCCUCGACCACCGUGCUCACAAGAGCAAGCACAUGAAACCAAAGGUGCACAUCAAACCAAUGCUUCGGAAAAUGUCUCGUGACGAUGCGACAUCUCAAUCGAUUGACCUCUCCCGCUCAUCGACCGAGCAAGAGGGGCUGGGUAUCUAUCUCUUUGACCGCGAACGCGAACGCCGCCAAAGUGAGUCGCUGACGGGUGCGAACUAUCGUCGAGCCUCGUCCGGCCUGCACAACCGGUCGACUAGUGGGGCCUCACAAUUUUCGAUCACAACAGGGUCGAGUGGAGGCAAGCCGGGGUCGCAGUAUGUGUAUCCAUUGCGCCCAACCCCCCGAUCAUUCACACCUCCAUUGAGUCAGUCCUACCAAACCUCGGUCAAUGAGAGUGACGACCCGGUUGAGGAAAGCCCGGAAACCGAAAUCCAGGCGAGCCAAGUGCCAGAGCCAGAGCAUCACCGAACGACUCGUGCUUCCUCGGUUCCAAUGCCACGACUGUCCCUGCAGAUUGACGACGACUCGUUCACCCGCCUGCCGGGUAUCUCACAGACCAACGUCUCCGGCCGACCAUCCUUCGGGUACUCGCGAGAUAAUGGAAGCACCGUGGACACGGCUUCGCCCAUCUCACGACCCUCUCUCGACUUUAUGUUCCGCAGUCGAACUCGUACCAGCACUAGCACGGAUCCCGCCUCCCGAGCCGCGACCAUUCAAGCCGCACGACAGGCUUUUCAGGAGAAAGAGGCCGCCAAGGCGCGCCGGCUCGAGAAGCAACAGUCCAAAGCGGAAGAGAGACAGACCCGGCGCCUGGUGAAGCGUACCUCGCCUGAGGCGCAAAACCCCCCACCUGCGCCGCCUCGGGAAGAAAUCUCCGAGAAGAAGGAGAAGAAUGGAAGCCCUAAGGGCCCCAAGAGGAUCUCGAAGGUGUACGAUGACGAGCCGCCUCCCUCAUGGAAGUCGCAGUCGAAGAGCACCUGGGUGCUCUUCAUGACGUGGCUCCGCACUCGAGUGUUCAAAUUCCGCCGGCGCCUCCGCAAGAUGGCCUAA